UGGUUAUUGUUACCAUUUUACAAUAAUUAUAAUGUUAAUGAUAGUAAUUAAUGUAAUCAAGAAUGAAGCAAAAAUACAAUGUCAAUGGAAACUCAGCAACAAAACUCAGCAUCUAUAUUGUAUUGUAUCAGAAGAAAUAAAACAAAAUUGAAGAACACUCAGUACGUCAAUGAAGUGAUUACCCAUCGUUUUCGGCAGUAGAAGCAGAAGACGAUGGCGGAGAACUGAAGUAACGGCGGAGCUGCUUCGUCAGAAUUGCAUCCGCAGGACUGCAAAACCACAGCCAUGGCUCCGGCUUCAUCGGCGCCGGAGUUGAAGAAGACGGCCGAGAAUUGAAAUUGCCAAAAUAAGUGCGGAGCUGCUUAAUCACCACUGCAUCCGCUGGACUGCAAAACCACAUCCACGGCUCCGGAUUACCUGUUGAAAACGAGCUUUUUUUCGGUGAUACUUCCAUGGCUUUAUCGCUCUCAAAUUUCUGUCAAUGAAGUUAUAUCGAAAUUCUGUCAAUUGCAGCUUCUCCCAAAAUUCUGUCAAUUGCAGCUUCUCCCAAAAUUCUGUCGAUUGCAAUAUUUAUAGAGUAAAAAUCAGGUGUUGGCGAUGGAAAUUUUUUUCGCGUUUGAUUAGGAUUUGGCAAUUAGGUUAGAAUUAGGAGUAGAAAUUGAACAGUUUAUUUAUGGAUAUUGUUGCUAUGUGCCCUACUUUUAAGCAUCAAUAUCUUCAACCGUAUCUCAUUAUUUCCUUACCGAUUCAAGGUUUAAAGUUUCCUUUUAUUCAAUUAAUCAAUAUUAGUAUUUAUUUAAUUUAAUUUAUUGUAAAUUAAAGUUAAUUAUGUUGUAGGUUGCUGCAGAUUACUCGCAGUAGCAGAAAUCGACUCGGCUCGGCACCACAGCAAAGAGAGAAAGUCAAAAUCAGUUCUUUUCUUAUUCUUUUUUUUUUGCCGCCAUUGCGAAGCUUACAUAUUUAUUGCGAGCAGCGAAUCGAUUGUUCAGUUUAACCGAAAAAAGAAGAACGAUUAUUCAAUUUUCUGAUGUGCUAUGUCCUGCUUCCAAUCAGCCGUCGUCGCAUUGCAGACUGAUUACCCCAAGGCCGUCGUCUGGUCGGAAGAGAAUUUGGUGGCGGUGGCGUGUGGCGCAGCUGUUAUAAUUCUGAAUCCUCAUACUCCUAAAGUUCGAGGUGUGAUUACCGUUCCAUCUAGCAAUCGCUUUCCCACUGGGAAGAUUGAUGUUGAUGGCGGAGGUGCGGAUUUGCUAAAUGGGUGCUUGCUUCCAUAUCAUUUAUCAAGGGAAACUCGUCCUUGUGUUCGGUUGAUUUCUUGGUCUCCUGCAGGUCUCGCCAAAGAUGUUGGUUUGCUUGCUCUUUGCACCACCAGUGGGCAUGUGAAGCUUUACCGCCGUCCACAUUGUUCUCCGGAGUGGAUAGAGGUUGUGAAUAUAUCUGAAGUGUUAUAUAAUUACUACAAGAGCACCAAUUUUGGGGAGUGUCAAAUUGUACCCUUGGAAGGUUCUGACGUUAUACCAAGACAAGAUACUGCAAAUAAGGGUACACAUUUGAGAAGACAAAAAACAGCUAAUGUAGUAUCAGAAGACCAUGAAAAUUUGGGUGAGAAGAACAAUUGGCAAAUUGUUUCCUCCUCUUUCUAUGAAGGGGACCCUCUGGAGGAAGUGACGGAAGACUGUCUUCCAUUAAUAUCUGCACAGCAGUAUGCUUCUCGCAAUGAAAUGCUAAUGUCACUUAUUAUUGCUUGGUCUCCAAUUCUGGAGACAUUUGGAAACGAUGUGGCUUUCAGUGUUGUUAAAAUCGCGCCCCGAGAGCGCUUGGGUCGCGGGUCGCAAGGGUCGAGACCGACGUCGCCCCAUUGUGGGUGGGUGGGUCGAGAUUCAGGGGUCGCCGUCGGGGCGGCUGAGGCGGCUGGGGCGAGCGGCUGGGUCGAGCGGCUGGGGCGAGCGGCUGGAAGAAGAAGAUCCUCGGCCAUGGCUGCUCAGAAAUGGGUCUGUGACUCUGUGAGAAUGAAGAGAGAAGAAGGGAUGGGAAUGAAGAAGAGAAGAAGGGGGGUUUGCGGUAAAAUUUCAUUGUGGAGAGUUCGUGCACCUGAUUGCUAUUCUACUGAUAAUGCUGGGCACGCGAGUGAGGUUCGACUUUUUGGCCUUGAGAAGGCACAUGAUAGCUGGAUUACAGCAAUUAGUUGGGUUAGAUAUGGGUCUAAUGAUUCAAUGACCCAGUUUGCAUUGGCUACUGGGAGUUCUGAUGGUAGGUGCAUCUGGCUGGUAAAUGGUGAAAAAUUACUCAAGGCGUCUGAAGUUAUCAAUGAUUCAUUAUCAUUGUUGAGGGAGGCUGCGACUGUUGAUUCUUCUAUGAUAUCUGUACUUUCACUUACUGUGCCCGCUCGAUCACCAACGAAAUUGUUCUUGGCUAUUGGCAAAAGUUCCGGAUCCUUUGAAUUGUGUACCCUUGACACAUCUACUGGCAAAUUUGACAAUAUUGGCUGUUAUAAUGCACAUGACAGCACGGUUUCUGGUUUAGCUUGGGCGUUUGAUGGACGUUUGUACAGCUGUAGUCAGUUCGUUGGAGAAUCUCUGUCUGAAGUGCCACUUCCCCGAAGCAGUCCUGGUUUGAAGAGCUCCACAGAGUUCGCUCAUGCAUUAGACUCUUGCUUUGGUCUAUCGGUAUCUCCUGGAAAUUUGGCAGUUACUGUGGUUCGCAGAUAUGACAGUGAUCUACUAGAUCCGAUGUAUGAAGGAAGAUUACUUUAUUCUGAGUCACAAGAUGGACCAAGAGAUAACAUAGAAGAGAGAGCUCCAAAUUUUCUCAUCAAGUCUCUUGGAUGGUGCGUCUAUCCAUAUGAUAAAGCAAGAUAAUGGAUCAUUGGGCAAGCAAAAGACGAGAUUCUACCACAGGCAUCCAAAAUGCUGGAUUUGCAUCAAAAAAUAAUGUGGUGGAUUGCUUCGAGUUUCUCCUUACACAAAAUGCAAAACUCAUCUUCGACUUAUGUUAAGUUAAAUCUAAAGAGUCUCUCCUCCGUGUUUAAUUUGACAAGACAAGCCAAACUAAAAUUAUUUAAUACUAGUAUUAUAAAGUACAAGAGCAUUAUUUGGACAACUUAUAUACACUAAGCUUAGACCGCCAUCAAAGAUUUCAUUGUUAUAUAUCAACUUGUCUAAAUAAGACAUUGAAAACAUGGAAUAUAACCGUGUUCCCUUUAACUAAAUUUAAUAUGGUGUGACUCAUUCUCUACGAACAAGACUUUAAAAACAUUUUUUUCUAUUUCUCUCUUACUUUACCAAUUAUGCAUUAAAACUCGUUUCGAGCUAGAUGUUCAUACUUUUCAUGAUCAGAUGGAAUAUUAGUCUUAUAAUGAAACAUGAGUGAAAUAAAGUUAGUACAAUAUCAGGCUCAUUACCAAAAAUAAUAUAAAAGGUAAAUGGAACAUUUAUUGGUGGACAAACGAAAAUGGUUAAAUGGGACGUUUAUUGGUAGAUGGAGGUAGGCAUGCACAAACCGGCCCGGCCAGCCGGUUAACCGGCGGUUCGGAACCGCCGGUUCAUGAACCGGAACCGGUGGGUUGAACCGGCAGAAGGGUCGGCGGGUCGUAAGGACCGG